UUCCGCUUCCGUUUAGCGAUGGAGGGUACAAGCAGUACUGCAUUUCUGUCUUUCUCGCACCUUUUACAAUGACGAAGCCUAAUAUAGAAGGUCAAACAUGAAUUGUUUUGAUAAUAAAGUCGCCGUGUCCGUUAGGAAAGCGGAAGAUGUCUAAAAUCGGAAGUUAAAUUGUGGUUGUAUUAGCACAACGCAUUAGAUUUAGCUUCAUGUCAACAACACUGCGAGUCAUUUUUACAGUCCAACACGCUUUGUUUUGAUUAUUUUACUUCUGUUCGUUGUCACGUCAUUUGAUGCGGGUUUGAGGUGUCGUUGUUUGAAAUGUCACUGUUUGAGAUGGACAGAGAGGAGUCUGACAGGCUGAUAGAGAAAGCCAAGCUGUGUUUGCGCUCAGGACGCAAAGAGAAAGCCUUGCAGCUGCUGUACGAGGCGCAGAAGAUCUACCCGAGCACCCGGGCCAGAGUACUGAUUGAUGCCAUUGUGAAGAAUGGCGGCACUCCCCCUAAAGAGGAGCGUACCUACACUCCUCCACCAGGCUGGAGAAACUCUGAUGAGGACAGCCCGGCUCCACAUCAGCGGCCCAGUACACAAGAGAGAGCAGAGGGGUCCGGUGACGACAAAAAGAGCUACACUGAGGAGCAGCGGCAAGGAGUGCUCAGGAUAAAGAGAUGCAGAGACUUCUAUGAGAUUCUGGGGGUGCCAAAGGAUGCCAGUGAUGAGGACCUGAAGAAAGCCUAUAGGAAGCUGGCGCUACGCUUCCACCCGGAUAAGAACUGUGCCCCUGGAGCGACCGAUGCUUUUAAAGCUAUAGGCAAUGCAUAUGCAGUGCUCAGUAACCCAGAGAAAAGGCAGCAAUAUGAUCAGUGUGGGGACCAGGGCCCUGCAGAGACAUCCAGUCAUACUUCAGCCCAGCCACGUCACGCGUACGGACACCACCGCACCUUCAACAGAGACUUUGAAGCUGACAUCUCUCCGGAGGAGCUCUUUAACAUCUUCUUCGGGGGCAGGUUUCCUACAGGCAACAUCCACGUGUACACCAACCGAGGAGCUUCUUACACUCAUUAUUACCAGCCCCGCAGACGCCGUACAUAUGAGAGACGGGAAGAAGAGGUGGAGGAGAGCCACAGUCAGAACAACUUCACAGCUCUCUUGCAGCUGCUGCCAGUGCUGGUGCUCAUUCUGAUAUCUGUAUUCACUCAGCUGAUGGCAACCAACCCUCCCUACAGCCUCUUCUACAAACCGUCCAUGGGGUUGGUGGUGUCCAGAGAAACCCAGCACAUGGGUGUGCCAUACUAUGUGGAUAAGAGUUUUGAGAAAGAAUACAGCGGUGCUGCUCUGGAUGAGCUGGAGAAGACUAUUGAGAACGACUAUAUUGACCACCUACAGAGCAGCUGCUGGAAAGAGAAGCAACAGAAAUCUGAUCUAGCUAAUCUGGGCCAGCUGUACCGAGACGAGCGGCUGAAGCAGAAGGCAGAGACCAUGAAGCUGGAUCACUGUGAAAAGCUGAACCGCUUCAUGGCCCGACAGAGAGGAGACUGAGGCAGCGUCGCCCUCCAAGACAGCAUGGUCAGCCUAAUCAAAGAGCUUUUAGAAUUGGUUAUAUAUUUCAAUUUACUCGGGUGGGUCACCUUUUUGGGAAGGAGAAAGGUAGAGAUGUGUUAAAGCAGGAGCCAAGCUGAUUUUCUCAUGAGCAUUUGUGCCUUUCAUCCCUGAAUGGGAUGAAGUCUGAGGGCCUUUAGCUCAUCUGAUUCAGCUGCGAUGCACAACUGUGGGUAUUUCGUGCAAGCGCCUGGUAUUUUUUUCCUUACAUUAAGGAGCACCGACUCCAGGCUGGCCGACAGGAUUAAAGCUAGUGAUUGUUGUUUAUUAGUCGCAUUUAAGCUUUAUUGUUAAUAAGAAUUUAACUUAUUCAAUAACAUAUUUAAUUUCUGAAUUUGUGCUGUGAAUUACGUUCAACAACAACUUUUAAUAGAAAACUACUUUUUUUUUUGGAAACAAACGGUUCUCAAAAACAGGGAUAUAAACCACUACAGCUUUUCAAAGCUCUCUGGACUUCGCAUGAAAAAAAAACCCUUGUGUACAUUAAAUUAGUUUUUCAGUCCUUUGUUACAGUGGUGUAUGUUUCGGACAUUAAAAGGUAUUAGGCAACUGUUUUUAAGCAAGGUAAAAAUUCAGUGCACUGACAGAA